AUGGCGAAUCCGACCAAGGACAAUCUCUACGGCUACGAUGCCAACAAAAUACUCCCAAUUGUUGCUGCUGUGAUAAUUGGUGUAUCAAUGAUGGGACACGCUGUACAGAACAGCCGAUACAAGUUCUGGAGGGUGACAUUCUUCAUGUUUUACGCUGGUCUAUUCUUCACCAUCGGUUGGGUUUUCCGUGCCAUUUCAGUACGACAACCAGACAGUCUGCCAUUGUACAUGAUAUCGACCAUCUUCAUCUACCUCGCACCACCAAUUUACUCGGCUGCCGAGUACAACACCCUCGGACGUCUUAUGCACUAUCUACCCAUGCACUCCAUCAUCAACCCGAACCGCGUGGUUUACAUAUUUGUCUUUCUCGGCUCAUUGGUUGAGGUUCUUACUGCUAUUGGUGCAUCAUGGAUCGCAGCAGGUAAUGGCCGACAAGAUAGUGACCGUCUAAGUUCUGGUGCGACUUUCAUGGCUGUCGCCGUUAUUCUCCAAGGUGUAAUCGAGCUCGGCUUCAUUGCGCUGGUCGGUAUUCUUCAUCACCGUUGUUCGCGGGCCAAUAUGCUGCCUCCCAACGUUCGAACGUUGUUCAUUAUGCUUUAUGGCACAUCGAUGCUUAUUAUUAUUCGCUGCGUCUUCCGCGCUGUUGAGACUUUUGAGCUUCGGGACAUCCUUUCAAGCGGCGAGGAUAAUAGCAAUGCUCUCAUGAAGCGCGAGUGGCCUUUCUACGUACUGGAAGGCAUCCCGGUAGCUCUGUAUACCUACUGGCUCAACAUCAUUCACCCAGGACGGUUUCUACCUUAUGAUCAAAGGCAGUAUCUUGACUUUGAUGGUAAGACGGAGCGUAUGGGUCCUGGGUGGAUUCACAAGCGACAAUGGUUUAUGUAUAUCGCCGAUCCGUUUGACUUUAUCGGAAUGUUGUCGAUGAAGAAGAGAGACCCUUAUUAUCUUCGACCGAGUGAAUGGCCCGAGACAGAGAAUUGCUUUGCUCAAGGCAGGGGAUCUAAUGCCAAGCCGGGGAAAUAUACAAGGGUAUCUAAGAGGGAGUCGCAUGAAUCUGAGGUCUGA